UCCCUGGCAGGAUGGAUUUUCCCACCUUGCCUUGGGAUAGGGAUGGCUGGACUGGAGGAGCCCUGGGGUGUGAGUGGGGGGAGCUAGAAAUGAGGUUUAUGUAUAAAUACAGCUUUGGCAGACCUGAUAACUGCUUUUUUUGGGUUUUUUACUUGCUUUGAAACAGGAGAAGUUGUUCCUUAGGAGUCUGAUUGCAAUGCUGCAGGCUCCAGAGGAGAGGAGCUGGGGGCUGACAGCAAGGACGUGGUGCAGGUGCCACCCUGGGCAUUGCCAGCCACAGAGGGGAUGUGUUUUCCUGGGACAGGUGCAUUCCCAGUCUCACAGAGCAGGAGGGUCUGAGCUGUGAAUGAGCCAACACCUAAAAUGUGAAACCUGUGGGGAAUUCCCCUUGCUGUGCAGAAACAAACCAUGGACACUCAGUUUUUCUCCCCAUUACUGGGAGCUGUCCCCAGUCCCCCCACGCCUCCAGAACCCUCCCAGGUGUGCAGUGACUGGCUGGGAUGUGCUGAGGAUUUUGGAUCCCAAAAUGCCUUCCAGGAGUGCCCAAAAAAAAGGGCAUCAGUAAAUCUUUCUUACUCUGGCAGUGGCCCUGAUAUGUUUGGGUUGGUGUCAAGCAUUUUAGAGGAGCCAAACAAGCCAGAAGCAGCUACAGAUUGGAAUUCUCUCUCAGGAUUGUUUCCCCCUGUGUGGGCACCUGCUCUGGGCAGCAGUGGGGAGUUCCCAGCUCAGCCCUGUGUGCAGAACAAGGAUUUUCCCAACUUGCUGGGCACCAGCUGCCAGCAGGAACCCCUGCAGGAGCCUCCUGACGUGGAGAUGCUGCACAGAGGUUUGGGAGACCUCCAGCUGCUCGAGUCUUGGCUCUCUCACCCCAGCAGUGCCCCCAGGAAGGCUCACCCUGAAAAUCCCUCUCUGCACAGCAGCACCACGGCUCCCCAGGAAGGGUUUUCCUUCCCAAACCAGAAUUUGUGCACUUAUGACCACGGGAGGUUAAAACAUGGGUCCAGCUUUAGCCCUUUUUCUCCUAGGAAUAGGGUGAAAGAAAGCCCCAACGUGCAGGAGUUCUGGAAAAGUGAAAGAGCAAGGGGAAAAGCUCUGAAAAAUUAUGCUCAAGGACAAAUUAAUUAUUCUCCUGAUCUUUCCAAUCAGCCUGGUGAUAACCCUUGGGAUAAAAUACCCCAGGACAGCCACCUGUGUUCUAAAAGAUAUGGAAACUUCACAGCUGCUCACAAACUGGAGUCAUCUGUCCAUCCAUCACUUCAUUUUUUCCAUCAACUCCCUAAGGAAAAUGAUUUUCCUGGAGGAGCAGAUAGAAAACCCCAGGAAUUCCAUGUGCAAAAUGGCCAUCGUGGCUUUGCUGUGGGGAAUGCUUUUAAUAAUAAUAAUAAUAACCAGUGUAAAGUGAAUAUGGGCCCUAAGGAAAGCUCUCCUCAAGUAGCUGAAUAUGAUUUAUCUGUGAAAAACGCUGUGCAAAAUGGGACUUACUCCUCAUACCAGGGGUGUGUGUGGCUGGAUGGGAAGAGCCUGGCAGCUGCACCUGAGAUUCCAUAUGGGAAACAAAUGGCCACGAGCCCCCAGUCCUCAUCAGGGGUCUCCACCAUGUCUGGGGGCUCUCCCACCCACCAGCCUUUCCCACAGCCCUCCUUCUACUCCCAGCUCCUCCCUGCCUGCAAAGAUGGGAGCUUGCACACAUCUAGUGGAGUUCCCAGUCGUGUGGGGGCUCCUCAUGUUGUCUCAGAGAGCCAGGAGCAGGUGAGAGCUGCUGGAAGGUGCCAGGGGAUGAACAAGGAGCGGCGGCGCCGCAAAUUCCCCGCUGGAGCUUCACCCCACUGGCUCCUGCAGCAGAGAGCUGCAGGUGAAGACCCUGCUGAGAAAUACCACAGGUUCCCAAAAAGGCAGAGCCAGGAAAGUGGCAGUAAAGAGGACAGAAGAGGCAGAAGGAAUUGGAUCCCUCCUUUGGGGUCUGCAGCCCCAAGCCGCCAGCCCUUCGUGUUUCCCAAAAAGCACAACGGGGGCAGCUUGUCAGAUUUCAUCAACCCUUCUCUGCUUCCUUCUUUCCCAUUCAUGUCUGAUUUUAGGCAAAAUCCCAGCUUCCCUCCACUUAACCACCAGCUGCUUUCAUCAGCAAAGAGUUUUCAUUUCCCCCCGCCGCCGUUUCCAUUCUCAGACCUCGCUGACCUUUUGCACUGUGAUGACUUCACCCCCUUGGCUCCCCUCAUCAGUGAUCUGCUCCCUGGGGAGAUCCCUGGGCCCUGCUUUGCCUUCCCAGCCCCGUUUCACAGGUGCAGAGCUCCCAGGAGCCACAGUGGCCCCUCCACCGAGCUGCACAUCCACCUGGAGGAGUGCUACGAGCAGGGCAGAGCGCUGGAGAGGGAGAGGAGGAAGGCUGAGGCUGAGCUUGCAAGGCACUUCCCAGGGCAGCUGGUGCCCAGCCCCAGCCCCGUGCCCCAGCUCCCCGUGACCCCAUCGCGCGUGGAUCGCCUGAUCGUGGAGCAGCGCCGCCAGCGAGCCAGGGUACUGGCACUGAUAGCAGGAAUGGAGAGGCUUCGUGGUGCUCCCGUGCACAGGAACAUCGCCAGGACCUUGGAGCUGCACCUGGAAGCCAUUCAGGUGACCCAGGCACGUCGGAAGGAGGAGAUUGGGAAUGCUGUGAACCCCCAGAGUCACGGGGUGCCACGCUACAGCAACGAGAAAGGUGUGCUGGCCCUGGCAGCUGCCCUGGCAGCCCUGGCUGGUGCCACGCGCCGGGCUCGCACCGCGCUCUGGUGCGCGCUGCAGGUGACCCUGCCCAAAUCCCCUCCAGCUGCACCCCAACAUCUGCAGCUCCUCCAAGGACCCCUGCAGCAGCUUUGUUCUUCAAGCACCCAGGAGAAAAGCAGCGUGGAGCACGGAGGAAGAGGAAGUGAGGAAGCUGAGGAAGCGAGGAAGGUUUUGGAAUAAUCGCGGAGAAGAAGAGGAAAGCUGAGGAUGGGGAGGGAGGGCUCAGGUCCUGCCCAGCACCAGGACAGGUGGAUUUCAUAGCAUGCCAGGGUGCAGAAAGGGUUAAUUGAGGUGCCUGCGUGGUGAUGGAGUUGUGGUGCUGUGGAGGGACACAUCUGCUGGUGGUGGUACAGCAUUUUUGACAUUGCUGCUGAGAAUUUUCAUGUUCAGAGGAGCUGAGCGUUUCCUCAGAGCUUCCCCACAGCUCUGAGUCCAGCCAGAGUGUGGUUAAUUAAUUCUCCUUUUCUUUUCAAUUUAGCACAUUUAAAGGUACUCAGUAAUCAUUCAGGGUUUGUUUUAUUUUUAUUUUUGCACCAUGUAUAAUUUGUUUUCAGAGCCAAAGUGACCACUGAGUGGUUUGCCCCCCAUCACCGUGCCAGGAGCUGCUGUGCUGAUGUUUUUUGUGACAGGUUCUCUCAUUUUGACAGGAAUAAUCAGUGUUCAGUGCUGGUUGUGUGAGAGGCUUCAGCAGUUGUGCUGCCACUUCAGUUUCCAGCAAAACUGGUGUGAACUGAGCUUUUCCAUGGAAUUGUUUUUUCCACUAAAAAAAGUGGAUUUUGUAGCUUUGCAGUGUGAACUGCAUGGAAGUGCACGUUAGCAGGUGAUAGAAAACUUGCUCAGGAUUAGAAAUUAAAUUUAUUGAUUCCUCAGUGGGUUUAAAACCAGUAACAAUAUAAGAUAGUAUGCACUUAAUUAAAAAAAAACAACUAUUAUUUGUUAUUAAUAUAUGUUCAUGGUACUAUAAUUUUUUCAGACACAUUCCAUAUUUAUUUUAAUGUUUUCAUUGAAUGUUUAUUUAAAAAUCUAUUUUAGUAACACAAAGUUAAAUAUUUUGCCAAAUCUUCCUAAUAAUCUGAUUUAAUGAUUUACUCAGGAACUCUGUAUAUUAUUAUAUAAAUAUACACAUGGUAUAUAGGCAUUUUUUGGGAAAAGGAUGUUUGCAAAAUAUUUACACAAAGCUAACUAUGUACUAGGUUACCAAAGCUGUUUCACUGAUUAUUUUUUUUGGUGUGGAAGGUUUAAUAUUUUUAAUUGCUGUUAAUUAGUCUCCAUUGUGUGGCUUAGACAAUCAGAGUGUGUUUGUUCAGGGUGAAAAUUAAUAAGAAUAAUUAAUUCAAGGUGUGAUCUUAGGGCAUUUAGGAAUAUUUUAAUGCUUUAACAAGUGUUUUGCUAUUCCACAAUCUCCUAACAUGUACUAAUAAUUAAAGUUCUUGAGUAUCAGGAUAUUAAUGAACAGCUUUAGAGAGCAGUUCUUAGGUUAAAAGUGAAUUAAGUUGGGGAUAUGAACAAAAUUUGAAGGACAGGAAUCAUGAUUUUUAUGCCAUGUGGUGUUCAGUGUGGAAUUUGAGAUUUUUGUGGGUAAUUAUAAAACUGUUCCCAUAUAUAUUUGUACUUGCAAAACUGUUCCAACCUCAGCUGUGUCGUUCUGGAUCUCUGUGGAUGUUUCUAGAGCAGAUUUUGUCUCAGUAGUGCCAUCCUUAACUCUAUUGAGGGGUGGAAAUUUGUAGCUAAAAUUUACCCAGACCUCAUUGUAAUCCACUGAGUCAAGUUUAACAGCAAAAGUAGAUAGAAAUCAGAUUGUUAGUAUUACAAAAUCACAUUUUUUACCCUAAAGAAAGUGAAUUCCACUUAACAGAUUCUUUUCAGCCUUAGCCUAAAAAACAGGUACCAGAGUUAAUUUAGUGUGUUUUCUCUGUGUGUACAUGCAAUUUAUUUGCACAAACUAAUUUAAGAAGGUUCAAUCUGCAUUUGUGGAACUGAUUGUGCUCCACAGCUUAAAAGUGGAGUUUGCAGUAUUUCAGUUCGUGGGUGAUUUGGGGGUUUAAUUACCUAAAUUAAUUUACCAUUGCUGUGCUGACAGGAAAUCAGAAUUUCAGAGUCUGGAUCUUGUUGUUUUUUAUUUUAUUUUUUUUCUGUUUACAGAACCAGGGUUGUUUUGUAGUGGUGAAUGUUUAAUUGGUUCUUAUUGUGUUAAUUAACAAUCUUAAUUAGUUCAUAGUUAAUGUGCCUUGAACAGUCUCAUUUUUCCAGAGUGUUAAAAAGCUGUGUGGUCACUUCUGGUUCCAGUUUCAGUUUGAAAAUGCAUUUUCAAGGGUUACAGGGUGACUGCAAUCAGCACAUGCUGUUAAUUAAUUUAAUUAACACACAGGCUUGUCCAGCUCUGGGUUCUUUAAGGAGCUCAGUGGCUCUGGAAUGUCCCCCUGGAUCAUGUGCCUGGGUCAGCUGCUCCUGGUCAUGCCCUGCAAAUGCUCCUGUUUCACUUUGCCUUGCUCUGUUUUCUUCACAAAAAUUCCAGGUCUUCAAACAAACAAACAAUAAAAAAAAAAAAUUAUAUAUUUUUUUUUUAGUGCACCUUUCUUUAAAUGAGUUGGUUAUGGACAGCAUCAGACCUAGAAUGAGUUUUGCCUUCAGUUCUUAAUUUCAGAAUGCUCCACUUCUGUAAUUU